AUGACCAGCACCGUGACCAAGCCCACCCUCACCUAUUUCAAGCUGUUCGCCCGCGCCGAGGUGCCCCGCCUGCUGCUCGAAGACGCCGGCGUAGACUACGACUUUGUGCCGGUCACCAACUGGCCAGAGACCAAGGCCCAGCUCACCGCCGCCGGCAAGCUCGUCUUCGGCCAGGUGCCACUCUACGAGGAGCCGGGCCUCACCCUGGUCCAGUCCAACGCCAUCGCGCACCACCUGGCCCGCAAGCACGGCUACAACGGCACCAACCCCACUAAAAAAUCAUGGGAACAGGAGGAGGCACUGAUCGACCAGGCCAACGAGGGGCUCGUGGACACCUUCAACGCCAUCGCCAAGGCCAUCUUUGGCACGCCGGCCGACCAGCAGGCCGAGGCCAAGGAGAAGCUGGCCAAGGAGACCCUGCCGGCCCAGCUUACCAACUUUGAGAAGCUGCUCGAGAAGAACGGCAGCAACGGCUUCUUCGUGGGCUCGAAGCUGAGCUACGCCGACGUCACUCUGUGGGUCGCGCUGCAACUGGUGUUCGCCAGGGUGGAGGGCAGCCGCGACCAGCUCCUGGGCGCCUUCCCGGCUGUGAAGAAGCUCAUCGACGGCGUGUCGGAGAGGGAGCGCAUCAAGGCCUACGUCGCCCGCGACGUCUACGCCGCCAAGGCCGAAAACAAGAUCGCCUAG